AUAGAGGACACGUAAGAAAUGAAAAUGGAAGCAAGACUUGAUAUACAGAGAAUUAUAUCUCCACAUCAGUUGUUCUAAAAGAUAACAAAUAAUUGCAAAAUUGGUUCAUAUGUGAUCUCAAAAUAAUGAAUAUGAUACAUAAAUAAAUAUAUGUAUAUAUAUAGACAUACAUAUAUAUACAUAUAUCAACUAUACGAUAGAAUGUGAUAAAGUACAAAAGUUAUGUUAAGUUCAUGGUAUUGUGUAAAAGGACAGCAGUGCAAGAACGUUUCAAUAACAUUUUGAUGAUGUAUGAACAAGUAACGACUUAUUAACCGUUUUGUAUCUUGUUUUAUCGCGUUAAUUUUAAGUUAAGUAUUCUUGUCCGGCUUUCGGAAAACUAAUUUUUACACUUUCAAUACAAUAAUACCUCUAUAUGAGAGGUUAUAUUUUACAAAACACAUAAUUACAUACAUUUACAUCUUUUACUAAAAAAGUUCAAACGUAAUAUAUUAAAUAAAAAUGACAAUAAAUUUUCUUAUGAUUUUCAGAGGAUAUUUAAUUUUUUUAGUACAAUAAGUGAUAUAUGAAAUAAACAUAGAAAUGCUUCCUAACAUACAUGAUAAAGAUUACAGAGUUUUGGAUUUAGUACGUCAACGUGAAAUACGGGAUUCAGUGGCAUAUGCAGUUUCUCAGAAGUUACAUGUGACAGAAAAUUUGAUAUCCCGGUUAGGACUUGAAAAAGAAUUAGUUGGUCAUACAGGAUGUGUUAAUUGUUUAGAAUGGAAUGAAAGUGGGCAAAUUCUUGCUUCUGCAUCUGAUGAUAUGAAUAUUAUAUUAUGGGAUCCAUUUCGAUAUGAAAAAAAGUUAAUACUUCGUACACGUCAUCAUGGAAAUAUAUUUUCUGUUAAGUUCAUGCCAAAAUCAAAUGAUAGGAUAUUGGUAUCAGGUGCUGGAGAUGGCAAAGUACGAGUUCGUGAUCUUACGCUUCUUGAACCAAUAUUUUCAUGUAAUUGUCAUAUAGGUCGUGUAAAACGUAUUGCUACUGCGACUACUGUACCUUUUCUUUUUUGGAGUGCUGCAGAAGAUGGUCUUAUUUUACAAUAUGAUAUUCGUGCUCCUCAUAGUUGCAAAAGCAAUGACUGUAAUAGUGUAUUAGUAAAUCUUGUUAAUCAUGCUGGUCGAUAUGCAGAAGGCAAGUGUAUUUCUGUGAAUCCAAAAAAACCUGAACUAAUAGCUAUUGGAGCCAAUGAUGCAUAUAUACGAAUGUAUGACCGUAGAAUGAUUAAGCUUUCUCAGGUGCCUAUUUCGUCUCCACAUAAUAACUGGACAAGAGGAAAUGUAUGUAUACGUCUAGCUGGUGGAGGUGAUCCAGAUGAGAAUGUACCACUGGGUUGCGCACAGUACUUUAUCGCGGGCCAUCUGCAUUCUCGGCAACGUGACAGUAAUAGAAGUCUCACUACUACAUAUUUAACCUUCAGUGCUGACGGAAACGAGCUACUUGUUAACAUGGGUGGUGAACAAAUUUAUUUAUUUGACAUCAAUAAUCCAAAAAAUUUGAAGACUUGCUUUGGUUACUCCUCAAAUAUGUAUUUGGGAGAUUUUGAAAAGUGCAAUAUGGCAAAUCAUGAAGAUAUUACAGAUUUUACUAACAAAAACAUUAAGAUCCUACCACCACACGUUGAAGAAUUAAAACGUCAAGCAAAUGAAAGCUUUGAACAACAAAAGUACACAUUGGCAAUUAAUUUAUACAAUAAAGCAAUCUGUUAUUGUCCUACUGCUGCUGUGCUUUUUGCUAACAGAGCUGCAGCAUAUAUGAAAAGAACUUGGGAUGGUGAUAUAUAUGCUGCUCUUAAAGAUUGUCAAACAACAUUGCUUCUUGAUCCUGGACAUGUAAAGGCUCAUUUUAGAUUGGCUCGUUGUCUCUUUGAUUUACAUCAAUCAGUUGAAGCUGAUAAAAUAAUUAAAGAAUUUCAACAAAAAUUUCCGGAAUAUGCAUCUAACUCUGCGUGUAAGGCAUUAAAAAUGGAUAUAAAAGAAGCUAUAGAUUCUGGUAGAGAUAUUGAUAUGAAUCAAUUAAUGAUUCAAAUAUCAGAAUAUGAACAAGAAUGGCGACGUAAUACAAUUGAUUACAAAAUGAGGUUUUGUGGGCAUUGUAAUACUACAACUGAUAUAAAGGAAGCUAAUUUCUUUGGGAACAAUGGUCAAUAUAUUGUGGCAGGAUCAGAUGAUGGAUCUUUCUUUAUUUGGGAUCGUAAUACCACAAAUAUUAUACGUGUACUAAGAGGAGAUGAACGCAUUGUAAAUUGUCUUCAACCUCAUCCAUCUACAUGCUUACUAGCUACUAGUGGUAUUGAUCCAGUAGUUAGAUUAUGGAGUCCUUUACCUGAGGAUGGUAGCACAAAUGAAAGAGAAAUUCAGAAUUUAGAAGAUGCUGCAUCUGCAAAUCAAAUACGCAUGAAAAGCGAUCCAUUUGAAGUAAUGCUUAUGAAUAUGGGAUAUAGAUUUCCUGUUCAGCAGGCUGAACUGAAUGAAGAUGGUGAUGAUAAUCAAGAUCAAUCAAUUGUGCAACCUUUAAAUUGUAGACCAAGUUAAAUUUAAAGACAAAGUCUGAAAAGUGGUAUGAAAUUGCAAUUAAACAAUUAAAGAUUUAUUCAGUGUUAUAUUCUAGAAUACUAAUGCUUUAAUUCCAAUUAUCUAUUUUUUUAUCAAUUCCUUAUAGACGUUGACUUUUCCAUAAAUAACCUAUCAAAAAAUAUUUGGUAAAGUGUUAAAAAUAUAAAUUUUGAAAAGAGAAGAAAAUAUUUGUACUAAAUAGUUGCGAAAUUCCUAUCAUCGACUUCUUUUAUAUAUAAUAAAAAUGGGCAUAGAUAUGUGAAGAGAUAACACAUUAAAAACAGACAAUAGUUGUGGUAUAAUUGAUUGUAUUUUACACACAUAAUACUUAUAUAUAUAUGUUUAUUAUAUCUAUGUUUUUUGUAUAAAUUUAACUGCUAAACAUUAAAUGGUUCAAAGAAAUGAAAAUUAGGAAAAAAUGUAGAAUAAUAUAUUCUAUUGUAAUAAUUUUUUUACAUUAAUUUAAAAUGUUAUAAUUUUAAUUUAUAAAUAAAUAAAAAAUUAACUUUUAUAUUUAUUUUAUAUUCAAAGUUUAUGUGAUGUAUUAGCAUUAGUUAUGUUCUAAAUUUUAUAUAUAUAAAGUGCUGUUUACAUAAUAUUUAAAGUUUAUUAAUGUUAUCAGUUAAGUUUGACGCACAAGUUCCCAUAGGCUUUGUAGUGUACUAGUUUCUCGAGGUUCUUCUGCUGCAAGACCUAAAUAAAUCGAAAAAAUAGGUUUCCUUUGAUUUGAACCUUCAGAGAAAUAAUAGCCAAACACAUUUGAAAUUUCAGGUUGAUUGUCUUGUAUCUCAGAUUGUUGUUCUAUGUUUAAUUGUUGUAAUGGAGCCUGUAAUAAUUAAUGGAUAAUUAAUAAUAACAUAUUUAUUUAUUCAA